AUGCUCUACGCCUUCUUGAAGAUCUCGACUCUACUCUUUUCCCUGUGGCUUCAUGGCUCGAAUGUGAUGGUCGCAGGAGAACAAACCAAGAUAUUUUCGUGUACCAGAAGGUUUACACUUAGCUCAGCUACUCAAGCAGUGUGCAAGAUGGAUUCCCCUGACGAGAAAGAUUAUACGUGCAGCUUGAAUACUUGCUGGUACCAAGGUCAUCAAUGGAUUCCGAUGUCGAGCUGCGUGCUCACCCGAUCACCCCAAGGAUCUAGUAAACAACAUUGUGCCCAGUAUGAAUUUCUCAGCUUUGAGAAAGGUUUUAGUUGUAUCAAUCCUGCAAAAUAUCAUUACACAUGUGAUUAUCUUGAGAAUGCUGGGAAAGUCAUGCAAUGUACUACAUGCACGUAG